CUUCCCGGCCAUCUUGGCAGCUGCUUUUGAUUGGGGGCUGUCCCGCACCUAAGGCAGGAAGAUGGUGGCCGCAAAGAUGACGAAAAAGUCGCUGGAGUCGAUCAACGCUCGGCUCCAAUUUGGUAUGAAAAGUGGGAAGUAUGUCCUGGGGUACAAGCAGACUCUGAAGUUGAUCAGACAAGGCAAAGUGAAGUUGGUCAUCCUUGCCACCAACUGCCCAGCUUUGAGGAAAUCUGAAAUAGAGUACUAUGCCAUGUUGGCCAAAACUGGUGUCUAUCACUAUGGUGGAAAUAUUGAAUUGGGCCCAGCAUAUGAAAAAUACUACAGAGUAUGCACAUUGGCGGUCAUUGAUCCAGGUAAUUCCAAUAUCAUUAGAAAUAUGCCUGAACAGACCGGUGAAAACUAA